CACACACAACCUAGUACUCCAAUCAAGUUCAGCAUGCAGCCCUGCGGCGGGCACUGGGCCGCGCGCCGCCUCCUGGCCUCGCCGGCGGACCAGUCGAUGGACGCGCAGCAGGCGCACCUGGAGAGGGUGCUGGGCGCCACCGCCACCGUGCUCUUAGUCGCUAGCCUCUCCUACUUCGCCCUCAGCACGCUCUACCGCUGCCUCCACGCCGCCCGCGUUGUCAUUACUCCACCCAGCAACGACGACGACCCGGCGUCGGGGACGCAGGAUGACACCAAGCGCGCGCUCGCGGGGAUUCCCGUGCGGAUGUUCGUCCUGCAGUUCCCGGCCGACGCUGGCGGCGCUCGGAAGGAGGAGGCGUACGCCAACGCAGACGACUGCGCGGUGUGUCUAGCGGAGUUCGCUCCAGGAGCGGAGGUGCGCGUGCUCCCGGCGUGCCACCACGGGUUCCACCGGGAGUGCGUCGACCGCUGGCUUCUCACGCGCGCGCCCACCUGCCCCGUCUGCCGCGCCCCGGUCGCCGCCCCCGUGGUGGAGGACGCCGACGCUGGCAAGGAGGAUUGCGCCGGCGGUAUUCGUGACCACGGCUCCCGUGAUAUCCCGGCGGUGGCACUUGUGGAGUAGAUUGGCGCGCGGCCACUGUUUCACUUCUAGACUGCUACUAGUACCUGUAAUCUCUAGAUUUUAUCAUCACAAUUUUGAUGUCUCAAAGAUUUGUUGAUGCUAGUUGUUAUCACCCAGAUUCAUAAUGGUAAACAAGACAGAUGAAAAUUCAGAUUUCAAAUUC